UCUCAGACGAAAGUACUCGACACGACACAUGGCAGAAUCCUUUGCAUUGCUGACAUUCGGGGCCGCCUUUCUGCACUCAAUGACCUUGCAAGAGAAGUCAAUGCCAAGGCUAUAAUUCACACUGGAGACUUUGGUUUCUUUGACGCCAACAGUCUUGAAAGGAUUAAUGACCGUACCCUACGCCAUCUUACCAUGUAUUCGCCGCUCAUUCCCUCUGCACAACGUACUCAUCUCCUUGCCCCUGACAAUCCACCACCGGUCAUCCGUUCUACCGUUAACAUCGAAUUGCUCUCCGAGUUCCCCCUUUUGCUGUCCGGUCAAAUAAAGCUUCAGAUUCCUGUUUACACCGUAUGGGGAGCUUGCGAGGACGUAUUGGUUCUUGAAAAGUUCCGCGCAGGUACCUACUCGAUUGAGAACCUCAACGUCAUCGAUGAAGCUACGACACGUUGCCUGGACAUAGGUGGUGUGAAGUUGCGGUUGCUAGGUUUAGGUGGAGCGCUCGUUCCACACAAAUUGUUUGAUAAUGGUGACGGAAAUGCUACUAUUGCCGGAGCUCAAGGCACAAUGUGGACGACAGCAUUGCAAAUCGGGGAACUCGUUGACACGGCUCAGCGUGUCUUUGACCAAACUGAGACGCGUCUCCUCAUUACUCAUGCCAGUCCCGGCCGUGAGGGAAUUAUCUCCCAAUUGGCUCUUGUGCUGAAGGCCGACCUCACCAUCUCUGCUGGACUUCAUUUCCGAUACGCGACCUCUUACAACGAAUUUAGUGUACAAGGCGACUUUGAAGGCUUCCGGCACAAGUUGGCGCUUGGGAAAGAAGGCUUCGACAAAGUUUGGGAUAGCGUCAAAACGCAAGUGGAUGCUGUGAUUGAUGACAACCAGCGGACCCUCCUUGACAAAGCAUUGCAUGUUGUGGAAAAACUACCACCAGUCCAGCCUUCCAGUGGCCCAGGAGCAACAGCUACAGGGGAAGAGCCCGCAUGGAAAAACUGCUGGAACUGGAAUUUAUGUGACGCAGCCUAUGGUUCUUUGGUUUUGGACGUGAAGGAAGGAAGAAUUAGCUCCGAGCUGAAGAGUCAAGGUGAGUUCAUGUUUGUCUCUAACGAUUCUCGCUACAGAAGUGUCACAGGUUUCAACUACGCUUAUCGCCGGACCGCGACCUUGUCAGGAACUCCUAAUUCAACCACCUCCGCUCUUCCAGCGUCCCAAAGCCACAAUGCACUCACCAGUCAGCCACCGACAAAGGUACCUACGCCUGUUCCUGAUCGUUCCCUUCCCCUCAAUUCCAACAAGUCUUCUACAUCCACCCCUCCG